CCCAUCUGAACUCGCCAGUCAAUACAUUGCAACCCAGUGGAACUCUACACGCACUCAACUACCACUGAAGGACCUGAAACAAGAUAAAACGCUAUGCGUCCCUGGCCGUCCCUAGGUCUCGUAUGUGUGGUCCUUCUCAAGUGGCUGUGCGGCAAGGCCGCCGCCUUCUCCGACAUCAGCACCUACUGCAUCAACCCAGCGAACUUCCGCAUCUGUGACAUCCUCAGAGGUCAAAGUACGGAAAAGCGGUUUCUUCGCUUUGGAAGAGGACUUAGCGGAGAUAGUUUCCUACGUUUUGGACGUCAGUUCUACCGCAUUGGGAGACCAAAACAGGAGAAAAGAUUUCUGCGAUUCGGACGAUCCGACCCCGACUCACUAGAAGAUCUCAUAAAAUCAGCAUUAAUCGAAUCCGACUAUGACAAGAGUGCCCCCUUAACCCGAAAGAGAAGAGCAACUGAUCCCACUUCCACCAAAACUGAUGACAAAAUCGUCGACGUCACAGGAGAUGCUGAUUCUAAAUCCAUGGAGAAACGCGAGGCUGGAGAAGUCUUGGAGGACGACAAGGACAAGAGGUUUAUGAGAUUCGGCAAGAGGUUCAUGAGGUUUGGGCGAGACGGCGAGGACGAGAAGAGGUUCAUGAGGUUCGGCAAAGAUGGCAGCGAAAAGAGGUUCAUGAGGUUUGGGCGAGGCGGAGAGGACGAGAAACGCUUCAUGAGGUUUGGCAAAGAUGGCAGCGAAAAGAGGUUCAUGAGAUUUGGAAGAGACCCGGACAAGCGAUUCAUGAGAUUCGGCAAGAGAUUCAUGAGGUUUGGCCGAGGGGACGAAGACGCGGACGAGGUUAUCGACUCAGACGAAAUAGACGAAAACGGACCCGAACAAGAAAAACGCUUCAUGAGGUUUGGAAGAGAUAACGAGAAGGACAAAAGAUUUAUGAGAUUUGGAAGAGAUAACGAGAAGGACAAAAGAUUCAUGAGGUUUGGCAGAGAUGGAGAAAAAGACAAACGAUUUAUGAGGUUUGGGAGAGACGGAGAGAAAGACAAACGAUUUAUGCGCUUCGGGAGGGACGGUGAAGACAAACGCUUUAUGAGGUUCGGCCGUGGGGACGAGGAGGACGUAGAUGAAAAACGCUUUAUGAGAUUUGGAAGAGGAUCAGAAGAGAAGAGAUUCAUGCGAUUUGGAAGGGGACCCGAGGAAGAGAAGCGCUUCAUGCGAUUCGGAAAGAGGUUUAUGCGUUUUGGACGAGACGGCCCUGAAAAGAAAUUCAUGAGAUUUGGCAAGCGCUUUAUGAGAUUCGGCAAGAGGGAUUCCACGACAGCAGACGACCAGGAAGCAUCCUAGUCCUGGACGGAGAGCUAGUAAGAACGGACGCUCUCUGUCGUCUACCCCGCACAACUCAUUGGACUGUAGUUGUGAUCUUGUAUUAAACCAAAGAAUCAGCUCAAAACAAAAAACAAACAAAAGAAGAAGAAGAAUGCUGUGAUUUUGUAUUUAUUUUUCACAUAUAAAUGACUAUACUCAUUGUAUGCAGACUGUUAAAAAGACGUUAAAGGAAUCAAUGGGAAUGAUUCAGAAUGUUAUGCAGAAUAUGUCACUGUAGUUCUUUCUACGUGAUUUGCGAGCAACGAUAAAACCAAAAAGAUCAAAUGAUUCUUUUGACUUCAUUUUGUUUUUUUUAUUUGCACUGCUUUAACUUGUUUUACAUCCUUUUGAAAGGAGGUGACCUUGUAAAUAAAAUCCAUCCAAACAUU